CAUCGACAGUUGCUUCGGAUUAGCUUUGAGUUGAUAACCAUGGCUGGGGCGAAACCUUGGAGCCUUGUUCUGAUUGUUUUGUUCAUGAUGAGUUUGAGCUCUUUGGUUAAUGGUGCCGGUGAUAAUAAUAACAACGAUGAAGGUUUAGGAGCUUCUUUCAUCUUCGGCUAUUCUUUGGUGGAUGCUGGUAACAAUAACUAUCUGCAAACUUUGUCCAAGGCAAAUGUUCCACCGAAUGGGAUCGAUUUUAAAGCAUCCGCCGGCCAGCCUACCAGCCGCUACGCCACUGGCAGAACCAUUGGUGACAUUGUUAGAGAAGAAUUGGGAGUGCCGAAUUAUGCAGUUCCAUAUCUUGCUCCGAACUCUACAGGGAAAGCUAUAGUAAAAGGUGUAAAUUAUGCAUCAGGAGGAGGGAUCAUGAAUUCAACUGGAAGCAUAUUUGUUAAUAGGCUAGGAUUGGAUAUCCAAAUCGACUACUUCAACAACACAAGAAAACUGCUUGAUGAUUUAUUGGGUGCAUCAGAGGCCAAAGACUAUAUUUCCAAGAGAUCCAUCUUGUCAAUCACAAUCGGAUCCAACGAUUUUCUCAACAAUUACCUUCUCCCACUUGUUUCCACUGGGCAUCGGAUUUUCGGAAACCCCGAUGCUUACAUCGAUGGCAUGAUCAAUCACCUACGGAACCAAUUAACCAGACUAUAUCAGCUAAAUGCUCGGAAGUUUAUCGCAGCAAAUGUUGGUCCGGUUGGUUGCAUACCGUAUCAGAAAAUGAUCAACCAAUUUAAGGAAAAUCAGUGUGUUGAUUUGGCAAAUAAGCUAGCAAUGCAAUGCAACCGGCAAUUAAAGAGUUUGCUGUCUGAACUAAACGGGAAGCUGCAAGGAGCCAUAUUUGUUCAUGCCGAUGUGUACGACCUAGUGAUGGAACUCAUCGCAAAAUAUGCACAAUAUGGUUUCACGACAGCAGGCAGAGCUUGCUGCGGAAUUGGAAAUGUAGGCCAAUUUUCGGGGAUAAUUCCAUGUGGACCAACAUCAAGCUUGUGUGACGACCAGGACAAGCAUGUUUUCUGGGAUGCAUACCAUCCGAGCGAGGCAGCCAAUCUUAUAAUCGCCAGGCAACUCGUGUACGGGAGUACCCAAUAUAUUUCACCAGUGAAUCUUAAACAGCUUCGUAAUCUCUAG